CGCUUCAUAAAUCAUACGGCACCUCUCGCCGCCAGCAACUCUGACCUGACUGGCCCUUCCACCUUCGUCCCUGCCUGCCCGCCUCCGACCCCGCGCGCACGUACGGGGAGGGAGAACAGGAUGGGCAACUGCCAGGCGGCGGAGGCGGCGACGGUGGUGGUGCAGCACCCGGGCGGCCGCGUCGAGCGCCUCUACUGGGCCACCAGCGCCGCCGAGGUCAUGCGCGCCAACCCUGGCCACUACGUCGCGCUCGUCACGCACCGCGCCGACGCCGCGGGCGGGAAGCCUCCUCAUCCUCAGGAGCAGCGCGGCGCGGCGCGGGUGACGCGGGUGAAGCUGCUCAAGCCGCGGGACACGCUAGCGCUCGGCCAGGCGUACCGCCUCAUCACCUUCGCCGAGGUCACCAAGGCGCUGCAGGCCAAGAAGGAGGAGAAGACACGGAGGGCGCAGCAGCAGCAGCUGGUGCUGCUCCAGCCCAAGCACGCCGGAGGGAGGGCCACCGCCGCCGGUGAGGACUCGCAGCUGCCGCCGCAGCUGGUGGAUGGCAGCCUUGAUCAGCAGCAGGACAGGGACGGCCACCGGAGCAAUCCUAGCUCGGCAGCGCACUCCGGCGCCAGGCAUCGCCAUUGGCGCCCUUCUCUGCACAGCAUCGCCGAAGUCAGCAGCUGAUCUUGACAAAAAUCCGUAGCCGGUGAACAAUCUGCGUUCUAGAGUCAACGUUCGUCAGACUUCAGCCUUCCUGCAGAGGAAGAGUUGCCGUGGUGCCAAUGCGAGAAUCGGUCAGUUUCAUUGUUCGGUACCUCAGUACAAAACAAUUCCGAAGGGGCUCGUAGUUAGCAUCAAGCAGCCCAUGUAAGAUAAAGAAGUGGCAGAUCUUGGUCAGGUCAUUUUAGCGAGUCUAAGAUCGGUUGGGAGUUGGGACACACUCUGAAAUGUUGAAAAAAGAAAUAGUAGUGCACUGGAGUAGUGCUGUACUGUUAUAUUCAGACAUGGUGCAAAGUACAUCCCUUUGCAGGUGUAUAGCUUUUGAGGA